AUGGUCGAGCCGCAUAUCGAAAGACUCCUUCGAGUCCCUAAUGCGAGUCAACGUCUUCAAAGUCUUCAGGAAACCAGAUCACUCCCACUCAAUGUUACCGUUCACGUCGCGAGCGGAGUUUCAUACGACCACAAAGGUCCACUUGUUUUCUACAACGAUCCAGCUUGUCCGACUGUCCCGAAAGCCUACAGGCCGCGCGCCCCUCGCCGAUCUGGCAUUGAAUCAGAAGAGCAAUAUGCUGAGAACGUCCGAAUCUUUCGAGAAACAGCUGAUCGACCCGAGGUCGAAUUAAAGCCCAAAGGAAACUCUAUGAGCCAGAGAUUCUAUCUAAAAGAAGUUCUUCCGCAUCAUAUUAAACACAUUAAAUGGCUCGAGGCUAAAUAUAAUCGGAAAUUCCUCUUUAUUGAGGAUAACGACCCAUCUCAUGGAACUCACUCUAAGAACAAUCCU